AGAGAGAGAGGGAGAGAGAGAAGCGCUGUUUGUGGUAGUCUGUUCGAGACUCUAGUCUCCACCACCACCACAACCCACCACAAUGGCCAGAGGCUUGAAGAAACAUUUGAAGAGGCUCAAUGCCCCAAAGCACUGGAUGCUGGACAAGCUUGGCGGCGCAUUCGCACCAAAGCCAUCAUCAGGACCACAUAAAUCUAGGGAGUGCUUGCCCUUGAUUCUUAUCCUGCGAAACAGAUUGAAGUAUGCUUUGACAUACCGUGAAGUCAUCGCCAUCUUGAUGCAACGUCAUGUUCUUGUUGAUGCGAAAAUUAGGACAGAUAAAACCUAUCCUGCUGGUUUCAUGGAUGUUGUAUCAAUUCCAAAGACAAAUGAGAAUUUUCGUCUCCUUUAUGACACAAAAGGUCGUUUCAGGCUGCACUCCAUCCGGGAUGAGGAGGCCAAGUUUAAGCUGUGCAAAGUUCGAUCGGUCCAGUUUGGGCAGAAAGGCAUCCCAUACCUCAACACCUAUGAUGGGCGGACUAUCCGCUACCCAGACCCUCUCAUCAAGGCCAACGACACCAUCAAACUUGACCUGGAGACAAACAAGAUCACUGAUUUCAUCAAGUUUGAUGUUGGGAAUGUUGUCAUGGUGACUGGGGGAAGGAACAGAGGGCGUGUUGGAGUCCUCAAGAACAGGGAGAAGCGUAAGGGAAGUUUUGAGACUGUCCACAUCCAGGAUGCCCUUGGUCAUGAGUUCGCUACUCGCCUGGGAAAUGUUUAUACCAUUGGAAAAGGUACAAAGCCAUGGGUGUCUCUUCCUAAGGGCAAAGGUAUCAAGUUGUCCAUCAUUGAGGAGGCAAAGAAGAGGCUCACUGCUCAAUCUGCUGUAACUGCAUAAAUUUUGUUAAUGGUAAUUUGUUGAGGAUACCGGUUAUAGUGAGUUAUAUCUGCUGGACUUGUUUGCAGGUUGGAGCUAUCAUUUUGCAACAGUAGGACUAUGUUGGAGAAUUUAUGUUUCAUUUUUAUUUCAGUACCUAUUGAAAUUCAUUUUUGUUGUUUCAGGUUUCAAGUUUGGGUCCAGUUUUUUUUUAAAAAAACUGUCAAGUUUGGUUAAAUCUGAUGUUGGUUAUUGGUGUGAUACGAAACUUUAGAGCAGCUGUAUCCCCUAUUUCAGAUAUUGAUGUUCUGCUAUGGUACA